AUGAAGAUUUCUGGGGAAAUCUUACAACGUCACGGCCAGCUCCUCCAAAGCCAAGCUUGCCGAACCAAGACCUCAAGAUAUCUCCAAGAUUGCCUAACUCAACACUUGCCGAAGGCUUACCUCAAGCCCACCAUGGUUUCAGACCACCUCCUCCAAAACCAGCGUGGAUGCUCACAAAAACCCCUUCCCCGUGUCCGUGCCGAUCGGCAAGAAACCUUGCUGAACCUAGGAAUGACCCAAAACGGACCCGGAGCUGGCACAAGCUAUGUCUGCCGAACCCAGCUUUAG